GGGUGGCGCUACGGUAAAUACGAACGAGGCGGGCUCGUCAUUGAUAUCAGUGGCUUCGUCCGUCUUGUAGUGCCAGCAGCGCUCCGCGCUCGAAUUGUUCGGCGGCGAAUGAUAUUAAAGGGGCGUCAGCAACACGCCUACCGACAUUAGAUGGAACGCGUGUAAUGGUGGAAAAUCCGAUCACAGCUGAACCCUGGCCAGGACCGGCAUGUGUUGCGUGAGGGCCAAGUGCGAUCAGCGUAAACUCUGAUAGACAGCAGGAAGCGGGCAGAGCUGGGACGAUGAUUGGGGGACUGUUCAUCUACAACCACAAGGGGGAGGUGCUCAUCUCCAGGGUUUACCGGGAUGACAUAGGGCGCAAUGCGGUGGACGCGUUCCGGGUGAAUGUGAUCCAUGCCCGACAGCAGGUGCGCAGUCCCGUGACCAACAUAGCGCGGACAUCCUUCUUCCACAUCAAGCGGGCCAACAUCUGGCUGGCGGCAGUGACCCGGCAGAAUGUCAACGCCGCCAUGGUCUUUGAGUUCCUGCUCAAGAUGUGUGAGGUGAUGCAGUCCUACUUCGGCAAGAUCAGCGAGGAGAACGUCAAGAACAACUUUGUGCUCAUCUACGAGCUGCUGGACGAGAUCCUGGACUUCGGUUACCCGCAGAACACGGACACAGGCAUUCUCAAGACCUUUAUCACCCAGCAGGGGGUCAAGUCUCAAACCAAGGAAGAGCAGAGCCAAAUCACCUCACAGGUGACGGGUCAGAUCGGCUGGAGGCGCGAGGGCAUCAAGUAUCGCCGCAACGAGCUGUUUCUAGAUGUCCUGGAGUAUGUAAACCUUCUUAUGUCUCCCCAAGGUCAAGUGCUGAGCGCACACGUGGCCGGGAAGGUAGUAAUGAAGUCUUACCUCUCGGGCAUGCCCGAAUGUAAAUUUGGCAUCAACGACAAGAUCACCAUGGAAAGCAAGGGCAAGAGUAGCACCAUGGACGACCCCACCCGAAGCACGGGCAAGACAUCGAUAGCGAUUGACGACUGCCAGUUCCACCAGUGUGUCAAGCUGAGCAAGUUUGAAAGCGAGCAUAGCAUUAGCUUCAUUCCACCCGACGGAGAAUUCGAACUCAUGAGGUACCGCAUCACCAAGGACAUCAGCUUCCCCUUCCGGAUCAUUCCCUUGGUUCGGGAGGUUGGGCGCACCAAAAUGGAGGUGAAGGUGGUCCUCAAGUCCAACUUCAAGCCUUCCCUCAUUGGACAAAAGAUAGAGGUGCGCAUUCCGACGCCCCUGAACACGAGCGGGGUGCAGCUCAUCUGCAUGAAGGGCAAGGCCAAGUACAAGGCCAGCGAAAACGCCAUUGUCUGGAAGAUCAAGCGUAUGGCAGGCAUGAAGGAGACUCAGCUGAGUGCCGAAAUCGAGCUGCUCCAGACGGAUGCCAAGAAGAAAUGGAACCGACCCCCGAUUUCCAUGAACUUUGAGGUUCCCUUUGCUCCCUCUGGGCUCAAGGUGCGCUACCUCAAGGUGUUUGAGUCCAAGCUGAACUACAGCGACCACGACGUCAUCAAAUGGGUUCGCUACAUCGGCCGAAGUGGCCUCUACGAGACUCGCUGCUAGCCUCCCCACCGUCGGAGCUCCCCUUCCUUCUCCCCCUCCUCCCCCCACUGUCCACUGGCUAACUCUGUCGAGCAUUCUCCAAAGUCCAAUCCGGUGCACCCACCGAUAGUUUGACUGUCGGCGAGGUCUUGCCAGGGUGGCGACUGUGCACCAACCGCUUCCCCGCGGGCUCGUUAAUUUAUUCGCCCCGUCUGGACCCUUCCUUCGCCCCUUUCGACUUGCAGACUGGUCGGCUUAUUUGGGCGUUUGCUCGUGUCUUUCCAUUCUAACCUACGUCGGCUGCCAGUCUAUUUCUUUCCUUGUUUUUCUUUGAGCUGCUCCUGUGAUUUCCUGGCCUGUCUUUCUCUUAUUCGAGGCCUUAUUUUUUUUCUUUUGUGUGGCUCUCUUUUUUUUCUCUAUGUUUAAAUCUCCUGUUGAAGACUCGAAAGACCACACCCGUUGGGACAUGCGCCAUAUUCUCCGGGGAGGCCCUUGCUGUUCAUUAUUCGUCUGCUAGUGGUGUACCCUCCAGUAUCGAGACGAAAUAAAAAAAAAAAAGGGGUAGUCUGCACUUAGACCGGGCGGGGCUGCGACAUCGAACCGUUGGUGCGCAGCGUCUCCCGGCAGUGCGACUGCCACUGCAGCCACGUUGUGACGAGUGCUUUGGUGUUGUCCCACAAGCAUGAGAAGUUUCACAGGCAUUAUGGCACGUCGAGUGCGCGAAAUAAAAGUGUAUGUUAACAUUG